AGAAUUCAUAAGAAGCAGACAAAAUAGCAAGCAUAUCCUGAUUUCAAAAGUAUUGGAUAUGCACAAAAGCGAGCUGUACAAAAUUUGAUCUGUAAAAACGAUAUUGGAAAUGGAUUUCAUCACCCUCCUCCUCUCCUUGGUCCCAGUCCUCAUCUUCAUCUGCUGUUUCUUCAUCUCCUCCUCUCCUUCUCAUCCUCCAUGUCCAGAAUCAUACCCGAUAAUCGGCAACCUCCCAGGUUUCCUCCGCAACCGCAACCGCUUCCACGACUGGGUCACAGACAUGCUCUGCCAGACCCCGUCAUCAACCCUUCAAAUCAACUCUUUAUUCUCCCGUGGAAUCUGCACUGCAAAUCCUGUCCACGUAGAGCACCUCCUUGUCACCAACUUCUCCAACUACGUCAAGGGCUCUCGCUUUCUUAACGUCCUCUAUGAACUCCUUGGCCAUGGGAUCUUCAACGUUGAUGGUCGUCUCUGGACCUUGCAACGCAAGGUUGCUAGCCAUGAGUUCAACACCAAAUCUCUCAAACACUUUAUAUCAGAUGUUGUCAAAUCUGAAAUAGCCAAAACCCUCUUGCCUAAUCUUUCUAAGGCAUGUGAUGAGAAUUCAGUAUUUGAUCUUCAAGAAGUGUUGGGGAAGUUCACUUUCAGUACCAUUUCCAAAGUUGCAUUUGGUAUAGACCUCCAAUCCGUGUCAAAUUUACCUUUUGCUGAAGCUUUUGAUGAUGCUGUAGAGAUAUGCUUUUCAAGAUUCUUGUCUCCCUUUCCACCAAUUUGGAAGCUCAAAAGAUUAUUCAAUAUUGGAUCUGAGAAGCGAUUCAAAGAAGCCAUUGAAACGAUCAAUGAGUUUGCUAUGGAGAUUAUGAAGUCUAAGCAUCAAGAAGAGAGUAGCGGUGAAAGGGUAGCCAAGAAUCAAGAUUUGUUAUCAAGAUUCAUGUUCCUGAGCUCCAAUCUGGAAUUUCAAGAUCAAGAACACAAGACCAAGUUCUUGAGAGACAUAAUCAUAAGCUUUGUGCUCGCUGGCAAGGACACAACUUCAACGGCCUUGACAUGGUUUUUCUGGUUACUUGCCGGCGACCCUCGAUGCGCACGCUUGAUCUAUCAAGAAUUAUCGGAAGUGGCAACUCAGCUGGAUGCGGAGGCGGUGCCUGCGGCGAGGACUUUUAGCUACGAUGAGUUGAAGAAGCUUCAUUAUUUGCAUGCAGCUCUAUCGGAGUCGAUGAGGUUGUUUCCACCAGUGGCCAUCAAUUCAAGACUGACGGUAAGUGAUGAUGUUUUGCCUGAUGGGACCCCUGUGAAGAAAGGUUGGUUCGCUGAUUAUUCUGCUUAUGCAAUGGGUAGAAUGGAGAGGGUGUGGGGCCAGGAUUGCAGAGAGUUCAAGCCCGAGAGGUGGUUGGACAGAGAUGGAAAAUAUCGGUCGUUUGAUCAAUUUCGAUUCCCUGUGUUUCAUUGUGGGCCAAGGACGUGUUUGGGGAAGGACUUGGCUUAUAUACAGAUGAAGGCAAUAGCAGCGGCUGUGAUGUAUGAGUUUGAAAUCGUGGCUGCUGACGGGGGUGCGACUUCAGAGAGGAUGAUGAAUCCGCCUUAUAUCGUAGCAUUGCUUCUUAAAAUGACAGGGGGCUUCCCUGUUAGGCUAAAGAGAAGAGAAAAACCGAAAUAUAUAUAAUCAAGAAUUGAUUCGCUGGAUUAACUUUUUUCUUAGCUUAAUAUAAAAAUUAAGGAAAAUUAUUAUAUAAUUUUUAUAGUA